UUUUACCCACCAGAUGUAUUUAGCUAGUGACAUACAUAAGGUAAAUAUAACGUAAUAACGUAAUCUCUUUGGGGCACUAGCACAUUCCCAGUGCUCACACCCGAGAUUAAGGAGGUGUUGAUCGGAAUGUCAGCGGGUGAAGAAGGCACAUGAACACAUCUGUCGUUCUGCUGGUGGACCACAAUGCAUCACGACUGCUACACUCUGAUUUCCGAGCUUCGCAGUAACACAGCAUCUGUGAUGGCAGAGGGAAAUCACAGCGAUAUCAUUUAAUAUGCACCUUAUUGAGAGCAUAAGGUUAAGGGUGCCACCGGACCAGUCUCAAAAUGACCACCGGCUUCAGCUCGAAUUCCUGUCGGUUCGCAGACUAUUUUGUAAUCUGCGGACUCGAUACCGAGAGCGGGUUGGAACCAGACGAACUGUCCGCUUUAUGCCAAUAUAUAGAGGCUACUAAAUUCAGAGAUGGGGCCAGAGGAAACUUGGCGGGUGCAGAUGAAGGUGAGAACUUUGAGCAGAGCCCCCUGCGGAGAACCUUCAAGUCCAAAGUGUUAGCGCACUAUCCAGAGAAUGUGGAAUGGAACCCAUUUGACCAGGAUGCAGUUGGCAUGCUGUGCAUGCCAAAGGGCCUGGCCUUCCGGACGCAGGUGGACACACGGGAGCCCCAGUUCCACUCGUUCAUCAUCACUCGGGAGGACGGCUCUCGGACGUACGGCUUCGCCCUCACCUUCUUCGAGGAGGUGACCAGCAAGCAGAUCUGCAGCGCCAUGCAGACCCUCUACCACAUGCACAACGCCGAGCAGUACGACAUCCUGCACACGCCCGCCACCUCGCCCCAGGGGCCCGAGGACGCCGCGCCGCGGCCCUUCCCGCCGCUGCCGCCGCGCCAGCUCCCCAGGCCCCAGCCCACGCUCCAGGCCGCCCCCGCCAUCUCCCGCCUGCAGCGCUUCAACUCGUACGACAUCAGCCGGGACACGCUGUUUGUGUCAAAGUGCAUCUGCCUGAUCGCCCCCAUGGCCUUCACCCAGGCCAGCAGGAAGGUGCUGCAGCAGCUCCACCUGGCCGUCACCGCCCCCAAGCCCCCGCCCCUCCCGUUGGAGAGCUACAUCUACAACGUGCUCUACGAGGUGCCGCUGCCGCCGGCCGGACGCUCCCUCAAGUUCUCUGGCGUCUACGGGCCCGUGGUGUGCCAGAGGCCCAGCACGGCCGAGCUGCCCCUCUUUGACUUUGCCAUGGCCGAGGUGUUUGACCUGCUGGGGGUGGAGAACGUGAUCCAGCUGUUCACCUGCGCACUGCUGGAGAUCCAGAUACUGCUCUACUCCCAGCAUUACCACAGGCUGAUGGCGGUGGCAGAGAGCAUCACAGCGUUAAUGUUCCCGUUCCAGUGGCAGCACGUCUACGUGCCCAUCCUGCCUGCCUCCCUCCUGCACUUCUUGGACGCUCCGGUGCCCUACCUUAUGGGGCUCCACUCUAACGGACAAGAUGACAGGACCAACCUGGAGCUGCCCCAGGAGGCCAACCUGUGUUUUGUGGACAUUGACAACCAUUUCAUCGAGCUGCCGGAGGACCUUCCCCAGUUCCCCAACAAGCUGGAGUUCAUCCAGGAGAUCUCGGAGGUGCUUGUGUCCUUCGACAUGGCCCCUGAGGGGAACCUCCUCCGCACCAGCGCCGCUCAGGCCAAAUUCCUGGUGGGCGGGGGUGGGGGCUUCCGCGCCCCAGACAUGUUCCCGGACAACCGCAACGCUAACCUGGCCAGCUCGCCCCUCAACUCCUACCUGCUGAGGGAGAACGAGACCAUAGCAAGACUGCAGGCCUUGGUCAAGAGGACAGGAUUGAGUCUGGAGAAGCAACUGGACGUGAGGGAAGACUCCAGCAGUAACAAGGACUCCAGAGUGCAGUGCGACCAGGAAGAGCUGCUGAUGCACCAGAUCAACAUCCAGGUGCGCGAGGUGUUUGCCAACCGCUUCACGCAGAUGUUUGCCGACUACGAGGUGUUUGUCAUCCAGCCCAGCCAGGACAAGGAGUCCUGGUUCACCAACCGAGACCAGAUGCAGAACUUUGACAAGGCUUCCUUCCUCUCCGACCAGCCUGAGCCCUAUCUGCCCUUCCUGUCCCGCUUCCUGGAGACCCAGAUGUUUGCCUCCUUCAUCGAUGGCAAAAUCCUCUGCCACGACGAGGAGGACAAGGAGCACUCGCUGCGGGUGUUCGACGCCCGCGUGGACAAGAUCCGCAUGCUGAACGUCCGCACCCCCACCCUGCGCACCUCCAUGUACCAGAGGUGCACCAACAUCGAAGAAGCGGAGAAGGCCAUCGAGAUGAGGGUGACGAAGAUGGACCACACCGCCCUGCACCCCCACCUGCUGGACAUGAGGAUCGGCCAGGGCCGCUACCAACAAGGCUUCUUCCCCCGCCUGCAGUCUGAUGUGCUCUCCGCCGGACCCACCAGCAACAAGUGGGCCAAGAGGAGCGCCCCAGCCCAGUGGAGGAGAAGGGAUCGGCAGAAGCAGCACGCAGAGCACCUCUAUUUAGAUAAUGACCAGAGAGAGAAGUACAUCCAGGAGGCCAGGAACCUGGGAACCACGAUCAGGCAGCCCAAACUGUCCAACCUCUCCCCUUCCGUCAUUGCUCAUACCAAUUGGAAAUUUGUAGAGGGACUGCUUAAGGAGUGCAGAAACAAGACGAAGCGCAUGCUGGUGGAGAAGAUGGGCCGGGAGGCGGUGGAGCUGGGCCACGGGGAGGUCAGCAUCACGGGGGUGGAAGAGAACACUCUCAUCGCCAGCCUCUGUGACCUGCUGGAGAGGAUCUGGAGCCACGGGCUGCAGGUUAAACAGGGCAAAUCUGCCUUGUGGUCCCACCUGCUCCACUACCAGGAGAGCAAAGAGAAGAAUGAUGCAACACCAGGCGGAUUAGGACCCCCAGGUUUCAUUCACGACUCUGAGCGGCGCAAAUCCGAUGGAGGCUGUGCCAUGCCCCCUCUAAAAGUCUCUCUGAUACAGGAUAUGAGGCAUAUUCAGAAUAUCAGUGAGAUCAAGACAGACGUGGGCAAAGCAAGGGCCUGGGUGCGCCUUUCCAUGGAGAAGAAACUGCUCUCCAGGCACCUGAAGCAACUGCUGUCCGACCACGAGCUUACAAAAAAACUGUAUAAGCGCUAUGCUUUCCUGCGUUGUGAUGACGAGAAGGAGCAGUUCCUCUACCAUCUCCUCUCCUUCAACGCUGUGGACUACUUCUGUUUCACCAACGUCUUCACCACCAUCAUGAUCCCCUACCAUGUGCUGGUGGUCUCCAGUAAGAAGCUGGGGGGCUCCAUGUUCACAGCUAACCCCUGGGUGUGUGUUUCCGGGGAGCUGGCUGAGACCGGGGUGCUGCAGGUUCCCAGGAACACCCUGGAAAUCACUUUUGAGUGCCAGAACCUAGGUAAGUUGACCACGGUUCAAAUAGGCCACGACAACACAGGACUUUACGCCAAGUGGCUCGUGGAGAGCGUCGUGGUGCGCAACGAGAUCACCGGACACACCUACAAGUUCCCAUGCGGCCGGUGGCUGGGGAAAGGGGUGGACGACGGCAGUCAAGAGAGGAUCCUGGUGGGAGAGCUGGUGACCGCCAGCGCGGAGAACGACGAGCGCAUGUGUCGGACCCCCCCCAUGCAGCAGUCCCCAGGCAUGAUGAGGAGGUUUGUCACCAUCUCGCCAAGCAGCAAACCAAAAUUAAACACAGGUCAGAUCCAAGAAGGAGUUGGGGAGGCCAUCAAUGGAAUCGUUAAGCACUUCCACAAGCCAGAGAAGGAGAGGGGCAGUCUGACUCUCCUGCUGUGUGGGGAAUAUGGUCUGGUCUGGGCACUGGAGCAAGUGUUUCAGCAUGGCUUCAAGUCACCCCGGCUCUUCAAGAAUGUCUUCAUUUGGGACUUCUUAGAAAAGUCCCAAGUGCACUUUCAGAAUGCAGAGCAGCGGGGCGUGAGCCUAGAUGAGAACUGGCAAACAAGAGUGAGCGACUUCUGCCGCUUCAUGCGUGCCAUCAACAGCACAUCCCGGAACAUUGGAAAGGACGGAAAGUUCCAGAUGCUUGUAUGUCUCGGAGCGAGGGACCAUUUGCUGCACCAUUGGAUUGCUCUGCUUGCAGAUUGCCCCAUCACGGCCCAGAUGUACGAGGAGAUUGCAAUGAUUAAGGAACACUCAUUGGUAAAUUCUUUGAUCAGAGUGCUACAGACAUUGCAAGAGUUCAACAUUACCCUAGAAGCUUCUCUUGUAAAAGGUGUUGGCAUCUAAUAAGACCGCUCCUUUCUGCUGUUGGGACGGAGUAGGAAAGAUUUUGGGACCACACAAAAACAACAACAAAAACCAUAGUAACAUUUUUUAAAUAGGAGGAGACUUGAACAAAUGAGGUUUUCUGGCUUAUAUUAAAGCUACUGAUACGUUUUGCCAUAUAUAAAUAUGAAGUGCAAUGAGCCUUUCAAGAUGUGUUACGUUUAAAAUAUGUUUUCUAUUAUGAUCCAUGACUUUGACAUUACUGAUGAUAACCCACUUGUGCUUUACUGUUGAAAUACAAUAUUUUCAUUGUUGUCAUUAAGUGCUGACAAUAGCGAUAUUUGGGAAAACAAGAAUUGUUUCAUAUAUUUUCAAAGAUAACAGUAUUAUUUUGUUAUGUCUGACAAGUUGCUUGCUCUGUUGUAACUCAGAUUCAAAUGUCAUAAUACAGAGCUUGAAGCAAAAUAUGUAAAAGUAUGCUUUAUAAGUAUGCCCAUGACAGGGGAUGUAUGUUUUUGUAGUAUGGAGAUAGAUUCAAUUACAUGAACCAAACAGUGUCUUGUUUGUUUGGCUAUUCUCUGAAAAGUAUAGAACUAUGAAAAUAUAUUACAUGGAUCAGUCUCAUGGCAGUGGAUCUACGGCAAAUGUCUGAGCUACUGAGUGUGAGGCAUUGCUCUUGUUCUGUACAUCGGUUCACCGUCAUACACCUCUUAUUUAGGGGAAUGCUGGCUAUUAUUAACAUUUUGUGCAAAUAGCUUUAACCAGGCCCUGAUACUCAUCCCUCAUUAAACUAUUAACACUACGCCUGCUGUCUGAAGAACAUUUGAGUAUGAUUGUUUGGUACUGUUUUGAGAUUUGGAAAGACAUCUACAUGACCAUAUGUUGGGAUGCCACACACUUCACUUCUGAUUUGUCAUGGAUUCUGCUAUGCAAUCUCCAGGUGAAAACAUUAUUGGGCUUAGAGGCAGGACAAUUUUGGAGAGUACUCGCCAUCUCUUUACUUUAUGAAAAUCACUGUGCAGGACAAGGGAUUUGAUAUAAAAUGUGAAGGAUGGAUUUGCCUGUGCCAACAACAUCUGGAUUAUUUCUGUUGUACUUCUGUGUUCAAUUUACAUGAGCAUCUUGGGAGAUAUAUAUUUUGUUUUCCAAUACUAUUGUACAUUUAUUGACAUAGCUGUGUAAUGUAGUGUUUACUAAGUGGGCAACUGUGUACAGUGUAAAAAAUAAAUAUAUAUGUAUAAAGAAUAAAACGUACGUAAGCAUAAAAAUUGUAUAUAAUUGGAGUGUUUUCUUUAUUAACAAAGGUACGGGAACAUAAUACGUAGUAGAUCGCACAGCCUGCGAGAGAACGUAAACAAACACGUUGGCGCCAACUCGAGGAGAUUAUUUUCCCAUUUAUGGGCGUAUCUUCGGUUAUGGGAAUUUGAGUGUAAAGUUUGGCUGAUAGCACAGCGUAGAACCGCAGUAUUUGAACGUGAGCACUACAACUACCGAAAUGCAACAUUGAUAAAC